CGUGCCUGCGCUCGCUGCGACUCCUCGUCUUCGCCGUGUUCUCGGCCGCCGCGAGCAACUGGCUGUACCUGGCCAAGCUGUCGUCAGUGGGCAGCAUCUCCGAAGAGGAGACGUGCGAGAAGCUCAAAGGCCUGAUCCAGAGGCAGGUGCAGAUGUGCAAGCGGAACCUAGAGGUGAUGGACUCCGUGCGCCGUGGAGCCCAGCUGGCCAUUGAGGAGUGCCAGUACCAGUUCCGGAAUCGACGCUGGAACUGCUCCACACUGGACUCGCUGCCUGUCUUCGGCAAAGUGGUGACACAAGGGACCCGGGAGGCGGCCUUUGUAUACGCCAUCUCUUCAGCAGGUGUGGCCUUUGCAGUGACAAGGGCAUGUAGCAGUGGAGAGCUGGAAAAGUGUGGCUGUGACCGGACAGUGCACGGGGUCAGCCCACAGGGCUUCCAGUGGUCAGGAUGCUCGGACAACAUCGCCUAUGGCGUAGCCUUCUCACAGUCCUUUGUGGACGUACGGGAGAGAAGCAAGGGGGCCUCCUCCAGCCGGGCACUCAUGAACCUUCACAACAACGAGGCUGGCAGGAAGGCCAUCUUGACACAUAUGCGGGUGGAGUGCAAAUGCCACGGGGUGUCAGGCUCCUGCGAGGUAAAGACAUGCUGGCGAGCUGUGCCGCCCUUCCGCCAGGUCGGCCACGCGCUAAAGGAGAAGUUUGAUGGUGCCACAGAGGUAGAGCCACGUCGCGUGGGCUCCUCCCGGGCACUGGUGCCACGAAACGCACAGUUCAAGCCGCACACGGAUGAGGACCUGGUGUACCUGGAGCCCAGUCCAGACUUCUGUGAGCAGGACAUACGCAGUGGGGUGCUAGGCACGAGGGGCCGCGCGUGCAACAAGACGUCCAAGGCCAUCGAUGGCUGCGAGCUGCUGUGCUGUGGCCGCGGCUUCCACACAGCGCAGGUGGAGCUGGCUGAGCGCUGCGGCUGCCGGUUCCACUGGUGCUGCUUUGUCAAGUGCCGGCAGUGCCAGCGGCUUGUGGAGGUGCACACGUGCCGGUGACUGUGCCCCCCUGUGCCCAGCACCACCUGCGUGGCCCAGGGAAGGCCGAUAACUUAAACAGUCUCCCACCACCUCUCCCAAGAGAUACUGGUUGUAUUUUUUUGUUUUGGUUUGGUUUUUGGGUCCUCAAGUUAUUUAUUGCCAAGAAUAGAAGAAAGGCAACCCCAAGGGCACCAACCAGGGCCUCCCCAAGCCUGAGCCUUUGUGUGUGGCUGCCACUGACCAAAGGGACUUUGUUGAUGCCUCUGGCUGUCCACACUGACCACUGCUGACUGCUCAGCUGUUGUUGGUGUCUAUUUUUCUACACAUAGACUAAAACGUGGGUAACACGGAGUGACUGUGGAUCCCACCAUCCAGGGAAACAGAUGGCUCUAUGGCAGGGAUGGCAGGCUCCAUCUUGGUGGAAUUCAUAUCACCUGCAAUAAGGGAGCUUGCACCUUUCCACCCCACGUAUCCACAGGGACCGCUAGUAACCCUGGCUCUUAAAGUCCCUAGAAAGGGAAUGGACAGAUACCAGGUCAAAGGCUAAGGGCUCUCAGCCCUCACAUGAGCAGCUAGAUUCCAGGCAAGCACACAGGUCAGGAAGGGGCAAGAAUGCCCACCCAAGGCCUGCUUGCCUCGGUUCCUCCUCAGAAGGGAAAACUGUCCCUACAACUGGACUCUCCUAGGCAGGGCUAGGCGGUCAUCCUGGAUCAGAUCCUAGCUUGGGCCCAGCAAGUCACACCCCCUGUGUGAGUCACCCUCACAGUGUUGUCCUCUGUGAAACUGAGAAUGGAAAUGUCACAGAGAGAGACAGGAAAGGGCUGUGCAAAGAGAUUCCAACCUACACUAUCUCAUUCACUUAACAAAAUUUAUUGAGCAAACACUAUGGUCUAGGCCCUGUUCUGGGGUAUCUCCCUUGGCAAUCACAUCUGUCCUGGGGACAAACACAGAGGCACAUGCCCUCUUUACAAUAGGUACUCAUGCCUGUCAGCCCCACAAGACCUUAGCAGAGGAAAAAACAGGCCCCUCCUUGGUCCCUGUAUCCAAAGGCAGAGAUACAGCAGGUUUCCUUGGGCCUGAGCAAUGGGACAGAGGCUCUGGCUAUAAGAGCCAGAGACCGACCACACUGGAGCCUACAUGGCUGCAGAGGGAUAAGAGGCUGAGUUAAAAGGGGGAACAGCUGGAGGGCUGACUAAUGAGGUCUCAGAAUCCGAGGCUCCUCUAUCCCCAGGACCUCAGGUCCCCAAGGUCUUGAGUACAAUAAGGACAAGAUUCCCUAAGGGACAGCAUCAGUAGCUAGUGCCUGGCCCAGUACACCAGCCAAACUGUCAAGAACCUACCAAGUGUUCUGUGAACAGGAUACACACAGACCCAACUGCUUCUCAGUUGGAUGAUCAAUCAUCAGAGAGACUUUCCAGCCUGGUCUCCAAGUUGUCCCCAUGUCCAGGAUUCCAGGAUUGAUGUCUUCAGCUCUAGACUCCCCUUUGGGACCCUGAAAUCCCAAGGUCUUUACUACUGGGUAGUGUGACUGUAAAACCCAGGAUUCCGAGUAUGGGCUUAGGCCUGCACAAACUCUCAUCUGGGCCUGUGGUUUGUGCCUCCUGGGGUUGGCUCCCUCAUGAAGAGGGUCAACACCCUUGGACCCCAUCCAAGCUCUCUGCUCACUGUCCAUCUGAAGAGGCAGCCAAAACCAAGUGAGAUGCUGGAACCACAUUCAAAUGCAGGGAUAAUCUUUGGCAGGCUGUCUCUGAUGUGGAUGAAAGCUGAGCUGACCAAGGGUCCCCACAGCUGCCCAGCUGGGCCCACUGUUCCUCUAGUAGACUCAGUUUAGCACCAGGGAAGAUAGGACCCCCACACACACACAGAGCCAGGUCCAGACAAAGCAAGUAGGGGAGCUGCCCCUUCAGAGAAUGCUUGGCCAAGGAUCCCAUCCAGAGGCUACUUACUGGUUUGAUGGGCAUUGUCUCCCCCACGCUGACCCUAAGUUCUGCAGGCUGUGACUAGGUGAAUCAGACCACAGGCUAAAACCACUGCCAAGGCCAAAGGAAGCCACAGCCACAGGAAAAGAACUUCACUGGACUUGUCCAGCUCCAAACUGUCUCAAAUACAAAGAGCUGGCAUAGGCCUGACAUAGCUCACCAUUCUUGGGUCACACAGGACCCAGGAAACUAGCCAGAAAGUCCACAUCCUACCUGAACCACACUCCACUGUUCUUGUCCCAAGGCAAAAGCGGUGUUCCUCUAAGGCCAGGGCUGGAUAAACCCCAGCUCAGGAUGCUGCUACCCUAUCUGCUGCCCACCCCAUCCCCCAGUUUUUAUACGAGGCUCCUUGGCACUGUGACCUCCCCAUGGCAUAGUCUGAGAUGCACGAUAAAAUGAUUAUUUCUUUAUCUGGCAA